AUGGAAGAUGCAGCUGCUCCGAAUUCUGGGUCCGAUUUGAACCUUGGUAAAGGACGCGGUAGAUCAAUCGAAGAAUGCCAGGACAUGAUUCAGAGAAGUUUCCGAAACCCAAUUGUGAAGUUUCUGAUGGAGCAAAUGGAGAAAUCUGGGUGUAGAGUUGGUGAUAAUUUCGUAAAGGCAGUAGUUUGCACUGGACCUGUAGCUGGAGGCUUCACUAGAGGAAAAGGGAUCACUGUCUGCAGUAACUAUCUCACCAUUCAAGAUGAAGUGAAUCAAGUGGUUAUACAUGAGUUAAUCCAUGCUUAUGAUGAGUGCCGAGCCAAGAAUUUGGAUUGGACUAAUUGUGCUCAUCAUGCUUGCAGCGAGAUACGUGCAGGUCAUCUGAGCGGUGACUGCCAUUUCAAGAGAGAGCUUUUGAGGGGUUUCAUCAAAUUAAGAGGGCAUGAACAAGAAUGUAUAAAAAGAAGAGUGUUGAAAUCGCUUCGUGGCAAUCCGUAUUGCUCGGAAGUAGCAGCGAAAGACGCCAUGGAAGCAGUGUGGGAUACUUGUUACAAUGACACUAAGCCUUUUGACAGAGCUCCUUGA